ACUACGUUCCUUCCGUUGGAUUGACUACCAAUCUACCUGUUACAAGCCUGUAAGAGCCCUGCCUGACUACCAGGGAUCAACUCUGACUUAGCCCAGCUUUCCUACCUGCUGAAUCAUUUGGUGAGGCCGUGCCGAGGUCAGCAAGGUGGGGUCGGUGCCCAGCUGCCUGCUGCCGGCGGGCUCCCGCUGUCCGACGCCCGCCGCCGUCAUGUCGGCCGACACCAUCCGAGCGCCGGAGUCGACCUUGGCCAUAUUUCGGGAGAGCCUGGCCGGCGAGAAGGAGUUCGGCAGAACCGUGCCGCACGUCUUCGUCAUCCUCGGUGCCUCGGGCGACCUGGCCAAGAAGAAGAUCUAUCCGACUAUCUGGUGGCUGUACCGCGACAAGCUGCUGCCGGAGAACACCAGCGUCAUCGGCUACGCCAGGUCCAAGCUGUCGGUGCAGGACGUCAGGGACAAGUGCCACCAGUACAUGAAGGUGCGGCCGGAGGACGAGGAGCGCUACGAGAGUUUCUGGAAGGUGAACAAGUACGUGGCCGGCGGCUAUGACGACCCUGCGGCGUUCGCGACGCUCGACAAGGCGAUCGGCGCGCUGGAGACGGGCAGCGUGGCCAACCGGCUCUUCUACCUGGCGCUGCCGCCGUCCGUGUUCGCCCCCGUCACCACCAACAUCAAGGCCAAGUGCAUGGGCAAGAAGGGCUGGACCCGCGUCAUCGUGGAGAAGCCGUUCGGUCGGGACGCUGCCAGCUCAGCCGAGCUCUCCAACCACCUGGCCUCGCUCUUCAAGGAGGAGGAGAUCUACAGGAUCGACCACUACCUUGGCAAGGAGAUGGUCCAGAACCUGAUGACGCUCAGAUUCGGCAACGUCAUCUUCGGACCGACCUGGAACCGGAACCACAUCGCCUGCGUCAACAUCAGCUUCAAGGAGGCGAUCGGCACGCAGGGUCGCGGCGGCUACUUCGACGAGUUCGGCAUCAUCAGAGACGUGAUGCAGAACCACCUGCUGCAGAUUCUGUGCCUCGCCGCCAUGGAAAAGCCUUGUUCCUCCACUGCUGAUGACAUUCGCGACGAGAAGGUUAAGGUGCUGAAGUGCACGCGGGAGCUGGAGCUGAAGGACGUGGUUCUAGGACAGUACGUCGGCGACCCGGACGGCGAGGGCGAGGCCAAGAUGGGCUACUUGGACGACCCCACCGUGCCGAAGGGCUCUGUGACGCCGACUUACGCGUCCGCGGCGCUGUUCAUCGACAACGAGAGGUGGGAGGGCGUGCCGUUCAUCGUCCGCUGCGGCAAAGCGCUGAACGAGCGGAAGGCGGAGGUGCGGAUCCAGUUCCGGGAUGUGGCGGGCGACAUCUUCCGCGGGCAGUGCCUCCGCAACGAGCUGGUGAUCCGCGUGCAGCCCGGCGAGGCUGUCUACAUCAAGAUGAUGACCAAGAAGCCGGGCAUGACGUUCGACAUGGAGGAAACGGAGCUUGAUCUCACCUACGGCGCCCGCUACAAGAACCUGAAGCUGCCGGACGCGUACGAGCGUCUGAUCCUGGACGUAUUCUGCGGCUCUCAGAUGCACUUCGUCCGCUCGGACGAGCUGGCCGAGGCCUGGCGCAUCUUCACCCCGCUGUUGCACACCAUUGAGCGGGAAAAGCCCAAACCCGUCCCGUACAAAUUCGGCUCCCGGGGACCGAAGGAGGGCGACGAGCUCAGCCAGCGCAUGGGCUUCAAGUACACGGGCACCUACCAGUGGCAGGGCAGCAAAGCCUCGAUCUGAGCGGCGCCGGCCGGGGGGACGCACGUGUGCGGACGCGGCGGCCAUGUGAUACAGGAAUGAGCAGAGCGCGUGGUGGCGUGCGGUGCCGUUGUUUUAUGUGCGGCUGGCUUGUUGGUUGGCUUGGGUUCGGAGCUGGAGACGAAGCACGAUCGCGGACGGUUAGGGUGCCAGACAUUCCAGGCUGAUGGUGACACCGUCGUCAUGUUCUCUCUGUUGCGGUAGACUAGUGGAGGUCAGUUAUGUGAGGCGCUUUGCGCGUGGAAAGCUCCCAAUGUUCGGUUCUGUGGUUUGUCUAGCUUUUGGUAGCUUCUGGACGGUUUCCUCCCAUUGCUGCCGCGUUUCUGAGGAUCUGCGCGUAGAGAAGCCUUCCGGCUGUGUUGUCUGUACCACACCGCUCUCUGGUACUUGCUCCCGAUCUGAUAGUGACAGAGGGAGUUUUCAAGCGUCAAAAAUGCCCCCAUCGCCCCCUAACACCAUAGGGAUAAUAGGGAUAGUCCUAGAGAUUUUCUGCGUUUACAUCCCAAGGCUGCCGACUUCCGUCAUCUAGUGCGAGCUACAACAGACCGGAGCGGGAGUUGCAGGGUGUCCUCAAGGCAUGGAAUGGAACGGAGGAAAACACUGGCGCCUCUGGUGGUCGAAACUCCGAACCAAGACCCGCGACUUCUCCUGUGGUCUGCUCGUGAGCGCCAGACGCUGCGCUCACAGACAGCCCCGCCGAUGUGCCGUCUGCGGUUGUCGCUAUUGCGUGCCCGGAACAGGAACCCAGACUGCGUUCUAAGCGCGCUGAGCCGUAUUCCACUCACGAGGAUCAGGUUUGUGUUGACGACAGGGUACUGACCUGCCGUGAUUCCGAACAAUAUUGUUUAUUGCGAAAGCGUACUGGUGCGAAUAUAUAUCUGGAUAAAGUC